AUGGAGCGCUUUGCACCUUACUCACUCUUCCUCAAAGCAGGACACGACCUGGUUGUGAAGCAUCCGAGGAGACAGGGCGAUGUCUUCAGAUGGUCUGUGGCUAUCACCUCUGCGAUUAUGUUUCUGGUGUUGUUCGCAUGCUAUGGCAGCAGCAGCAGCAGCAGCAGCAGCAACGAUACGGCUCGUUCCUUUCUGCUUGCAAAGCAGCUGCAGACCAAGGGAACGAAGCGGGCGGGCGAGGCGUCUGGGUCUUCAUUCCUUGCGCUUCCAGCCGGGGAACCAGCUUCCAUCGACAUCAUCCUCGGCAGGAACGACAGGAUGAUGCAGGACCAGGAGCUCCUGGCCAGCCUGGAAGCACAGUCGCAGCAAGUGAGGUCGGAGCUCGCAGAUGCCAGGAAGGAGUCCCUUGCUCUGGUGAAGCAGCAGGUGGACGACAAGAGAAGCAUGCUGCAGCUACUUGCAAGGCAGAAGAGCCUGGUUCAGGACAUGGGGGAAGUCAGCCGUGCCGGGAGUUUUGCUGGGGAUGAGAGGAAGGCCGUCAUGGAGCAUCUUCAGCUCAGCAGCAACAAGCAGGUCUUCACGGAAGAGGAGAGCGCGAUGGAGGCAUACUGGGCGGGAGGGUGA